GGGCUCGGGCUCGUCGCGCGCCCCACGGCCGGGGAGCGCAUCCGCCAACCCCGGGCGGAGGUGGGCCCCUCCGAGCGCGCGCGGGCGGCGGGCAGCGGCGGCAGCUGAGACUCCGGGGGAUGUGACAGCCGCCGGGGAGGGGGCGAGACGCAGACCACACAUUGCCCACGUGCGAGGACCCGGCAGGGGCUCAGCCCCUAGGCCGCCCGGUGCGUGGGGCGGCGGGGGCUGGCUUUGAGUCAUCCCCCUUGUGCCAGCUUCCCCGGCUCGGCGGAGACUGGCUUGGGGAUGCCCGGCCGCCCGGCCCACUUCUCGGACGCGGCGUGGGGAGCGAGCUGGAGGAAAGGAUGAAGGGGCGGCCGGCGAGUCCCAGUGAGAGCGGAGGGUGCCAGAGGUAGGGGGCCGAGAAACAAAGUUCCCGGGGCUCCCUCCGGGGCCGCGGUCGGGGCUGCGCGUUUGACCGCCCCCCUCCUCUCGAAGGCAAUGGCUUCCAAACUCCUGCGCGCGGUCAUCCUCGGGCCGCCCGGCUCGGGCAAGGGCACCGUGUGCCAGAGGAUCGCCGAGAACUUUGGCCUCCAGCAUCUCUCCAGCGGCCACUUCUUGCGGGAGAACAUCAAGGCCAACACCGAAGUUGGUGAGAUGGCAAAGCAGUAUAUAGAGAAAAGUCUUUUGGUUCCAGACCAUGUGAUCACACGCCUAAUGAUGUCCGAGUUGGAGAAUAGGCGUGGCCAGCACUGGCUGCUCGAUGGUUUUCCUAGGACACUAGGACAAGCCGAAGCCCUGGACAAAAUCUGUGAAGUGGAUCUAGUGAUCAGUUUGAAUAUUCCAUUUGAAACACUUAAAGAUCGUCUCAGCCGCCGUUGGAUUCACCCUCCUAGCGGAAGGGUAUAUAACCUGGACUUCAAUCCACCUCAUGUACAUGGUAUUGAUGACGUCACUGGUGAACCAUUAGUCCAGCAGGAGGAUGAUAAACCCGAAGCAGUUGCUGCCAGGCUAAGACAGUACAAAGACGUGGCAAAGCCAGUCAUUGAAUUAUACAAGAGCCGAGGAGUGCUCCACCAGUUUUCCGGAACGGAGACGAACAAAAUCUGGCCCUACGUUUAUACACUUUUCUCAAACAAGAUCACACCUAUUCAGUCCAAAGAAGCAUAUUGACCCUGCCCAAUGGAAGAACCAGGAAGAUGUGGUCAUUCAUUCAAUCUCGUGUGUAGUAUUGGUGCUGUGUCCAAAUUAGAAGCUAGCUGAGGUAGCUUGCAGCAUCUUUUCUAGUUGAAAUGGUGAACUGAUAGGAAAACAAAUGAGUAGAAAGAGUUCAUGAAGAGGCCCUCCUCUGCCUUUCAAAAGGGUGGUCACCUACCCAUGUUUAAGGUGUCUCUGCACAUGUCUCAAGCCCAUCACAAGAAAGCAAGUACAGUGUGGAUUUCAAACAGUGUGUAACUUCAGCUGCAGCUGGUUUUUGACAGCUGUUGCCGUGGUAUUCUUUUUUACAUGUGAUGGUGAUAGUGUCUGGUUCUUCCCAUCCCCACAAAGGCUAUUGAACCACAGCACCAGGAAGCCUGAGAAUGAAUCCUAAGGGCUCUAGCCCAGGCUUUGUCCCAGCCUUUCCGGUGUGUGCCCUCCUGGUUAACAGUGAAACAGUGAAAUACUUACUCAUAGUGGUUGUUUCUCUGGUCUUGAGUGACUGUGUCCACAGUUCAUUUUGUUCCAGUAGGAAUAACUCCUUUUCUGCAUCCAUACUCCAUAGAGUCUCUCCUUUUCAGACAUCCUGGGAUGAAAGAACUUGGCUUCUUUUUUUUUGUUUUGUUUUGUUUUGUUUUUUUUUGAGAUCUGUUUUCACUCUUAGGCUGUUAAACAAUAAUUAUUGCUCUUGUCCCUCUCAGAUUCUAAGAACUGAGAGUGACGGGGCUGUAUUGAAUCUCUGUAUGCACUGGGAACUGAGCUAUGAAGAGCAUCUUAUUAAACUGCUGGUCUGACUCUAUGGAUUGACACUGUUGCUUUCUUUUAUUGUGAAAAAAAAUUAACCCUCUGAAAGUCUUGGGAACCCCCUAAAGUCUUUUGGGAAUCCUCAAAAAGCAUGGGAAGUUAAGUAUUUAGCUACAUAACUGUUGUAAGAUCAUAUCUUAUGUAUAUUAGUAAUGAGACCGUUUGGAGUUACUGGACUAAUUGAAUAGUUAAGGUUUCUAUUCAGGACAAUAAAAUGUGUUUUGAAAGUGCUGCUAACUAUUGAUGCCGACAGUGUUUCACUCCUAUGAGUGACCCAGACAUAUUAUAAAUAUGUGGUAAAGGGAAUGGAGCCUGUGGGGUUGAGCAGAAUGUUGUACUAGCUGUGCUUGGGCUGAGUAUAACAGCUUUAUGAUUAUGAGAAAACAAAAUCUUUAUUUUUUUCUGUUCCAAAGAUUCAUCCUAUGGGGUGGCCAUAAAGUCUAGAAUUAGAUACUAAUAUUGUGUCAUUCAUUAUAACAUAUCAAUAAACCAUUUGUUGAAAGAUU